CGUGGGACCGCGCCUUCGAUUUACGAAAAUAUAUCGAAUUGGAAUACAUGUGUUUGUGUUGUGUGUGUGCAGUGAAAUGAGGACUGUGUGUGAAACUAUUAGUAACUGUACCUACACCGUGAUGAUAAUCCAGUAAAUGGUCCGACACAGAGCCAUUGUCCGAGAUGGUCGACUUAUAGCACCGGACAUUAUCUACCUCAAGCGGCUGCGGUGGAAGCGAAAAGAUGCUCGUGCUGAUCCUAGUCCACUUCAUCACGCUACCGGCCCUCAGCACCAGAUCCGUGAGAGGAGACACCACCAUGGAGGACAAAGCCCAACCGCUGAUAAGCUCUAGAGUUGUAAGAACCAAGUACGGAGACAUCAGAGGUUUUAUUGUGACUCCUGAGUCCAGGUAUCUCGAACCGGUUGAGGUUUUUCGAGGGAUCCCGUACGCUUCCCCGCCAGUUGGCACCUUGAGGUUCAUGCCACCGGUGUCAGGGGCACAGUGGUCGGGUGUGAAGAUAGCAGAGGAGUUCAGUCCGGUGUGCCCACAAGUUCUGCCGGAUAUAAGGAAUGAGACAGCAGUGCUGAAGAGGAUAUCGAAAGGAAGGCUGGAGUAUCUGAAGAGGAUACUGCCGUUCCUCACAAACCAAUCGGAGGAUUGCCUGUACUUGAACAUCUAUGCGCCCGCUCAAGCGGGAGUACGGGAUGCGGUGGCGCGGUACCCGGUCCUGGUCUUCGUCCACGGAGAAAGUUAUGAGUGGAGUUCCGGUAACCCCUACGACGGUACCGUGCUGGCCUCACACGCUGGCCUCGUGGUGGUCACUAUCAACUACAGGCUGGGGAUAUUGGGUUUCCUCAACCCCCGCUCGGACGACUACCCCCGCUCCCCGGCGAACUACGGCCUCAUGGACCAGAUCGCAGCUCUGCACUGGAUCAAAGAGAACGUCGCGGUGUUCGGAGGAGAUCCAACGAAUGUGACGUUGAUGGGCCACGGCACGGGGGCCGCGUGUGUCCAUUUUCUGCUGACGUCGCUUGCUGUGCCGGAAGGUCUGCUAUUCCACAGAGCAAUUCUGAUGUCUGGCUCUGGACUAAGUCCCUGGUCUCUGGUGGCAGAUCCCAACAAGUACGCUGCGAUUGUAGCAAGCCAUGCGAAUUGCUCACCAGAGCUCACUCCGCCCGCGUUGCUACGAUGUUUGCGGGAGAGGCCGCUAGAGGCAUUGCUGUCGGCUCCUGUGCAGGCGCCCGACUUUGCCUAUGCGUUUGGGCCCAGCGUGGAUGGAGUUGUUAUUGAUACAGGCGAGAUGAUGUUGAACUCCGAGCCGGGGUAUGACUGGCAGGCGUUGCACUCGUCGCUCGGCAAGCCCGCCACUGCUGUCAACGUCAUCAACGCAGUGUUCAUGCGCAAGAGUGCGGUCGCACAGCUUACCAAGUACGACCUGAUGCUUGGAGUGACGAAGGCGGAAGCUUACUUUGCGUUCAGUGGAGACGAUGUCCAAUAUGGAAUAGAGGCGGACAGGAGAUCGAAAAUUCUGAAGUCAUUCGUCCGGAAUACUUACACGUAUCACCUCUCGGAGAUUCUAGCUACGAUCAUCAAUGAGUAUACCGACUGGGAGAGACCAGUGCAGCAUCCGAUCAAUAUAAGGGACGAGACGCUAGAAGCGCUGAGCGACGCGCAGGUGGUUGCGCCGACAGUCCUCACAGCAGACACUCAUUCAGCGCUGCGGAGGAACUCCUACCUCUACGUGUUCGACUAUCAGACCAAAUACGGAGAUUAUCCCCAGCGUCAAGGCUGUAUACACGGGGAGGAGCUGCCUUAUAUCUUCGGAGCCCCACUGAUCGGAGGUCUGGCGCAUUUUCCAAGGAACUAUACGAAGGCCGAGGUAGCCCUGUCCGAGUCCGUCAUGAUGUAUUGGGGCAACUUCGCGAAGACUGGGAAUCCAAAUGAAGCCCAAGAAAUGGAUCCCAUUAGGGCAGGCAGGCAAGAGAGAGUUCGAAUGAAGAAUAUGGAGUGGACGGCCUACGAAGCCGUUCACAAGAAGUAUUUGAAUAUUGACAUCAAAUCGAAGUUGAAGAACCACUACAGAGCUCACAGGUUGUCGUUCUGGUUGAAUCUGGUACCAGAUCUUCACCGUCCGGGUGGAGAGGAUGUUCCUCAAUCCCAUCAUCAGCUGGAGCACGAGGAGUCUUCCCUGCAGCCGACCCUCAAAACCUUCACGCCCCCAUUCAAGAAGCCCACAGAACUUGUGAUGACGGAUACCGGUGUCGCCACCAAAGUUCCUCUACUGACUGUUUUAAAUGUUACUUCCUCUUUAAAUUUUAAUAUCGUAGGACUAAAUACCGUCACGCAGAGCACUGUGGCUGCCGAGGUGCACAAAGACGCGACUGCUUCGCCCCCCGAAGACGGCUUCGCGGCGUACUCCACCGCUCUGAGUGUAACCAUAGCUAUAGGAUGUUCGUUGUUAAUAUUAAACGUACUCAUAUUCGCCGGGGUAUACUACCAAAGGGAUAAAACUAGGAUGAACGGGCAGGAGGGCCACGCGAAUGGCUCUCAUCUAAAGAAGAGAGUCGAAAACGGGCAGAUGCCGAACAACAUCUGCGGGGAUCUCGAAAGCGCUCUGUCCUACCAGACGAGCCUGAAGAAUGACCCAGCGACGAUCCUGAGUCAUCACCACACCCAUCAUCACCAGCUACCUCCGCCUGAGUUCGCCGAUCUGCCGAGCAACAACGUCGCAGGCAUGGCGACGCUGCCUCGAGCGCCUCCACCCCCGAAGCUAGGUAAGAGCAACAUAAACACUCUAGCCAGCGGGCAGCUUCAAGAGAACCAGCCGCUGCUAUCCGCCCACCAGAUGCAGAUCAUGAACACCAGCACGCUGACGAAGAAGAACACGCAGCUGAACGCGAAGUCCAACGUUACCAUGGAGGAGCUGAGGGUGUGACGUCAGAGAGCCUGACUGCAGCGGGCUGGAAGCUGCAGUGACGUGGCACAUCACGACGAGAUAGUGUGACUCACGCCGGACCUUCUCAAGUGCAUUGAUCACAAGUUGUAAGCGAACACGUUUGAACCCAUCGCGGGGAAUUUUAGUAGGAGAAACGCCGAAGGCGAAGCCAACGGGCUGAAAGGGAAACUUUGAGCCCUUUCGUAACAAAGCAGGACACAUUCUUGUAAUAUCAUCUUCACAAGAAUUCCAUUUCUGACAAAUUGCGAGAGCAAAAUUAACUCGAAAAUUAUAUUAGAAA